GUCUGCCUUUUAUCUCUCUCUCUCUCUCUCUCUCUCUCUCUCUGUUUUUUAUUACAUUUCCCAGCAUGGCAGAUGCAUUGACAGAAGAUCAGGUUGGCGAAUUCCGGGAAGCCUUUUGUCUCAUUGACAAGGAUUCCGAUGGCCAUAUUACAAUGGAAGAACUGGCAACGGUGAUUCAAUCAUUGAAUGAAAACCCCACAAACGAAGAAGUUAGAGACAUGAUUGGUGAAGUAGAUGCUGAUGGGAAUGGGACCAUUGAUUUUGAAGAGUUUUUAAAUAUUAUGGCAAGAAAAAUGAAGGAAAAUGUAGCUGAGGAGCUGAAAGAAGCCUUCAAAGUAUUUGACAGGGAUCAAGAUGGAUAUAUUUCAGCUAAUGAGUUGAGGCAGGUGAUGAUAAAUUUGGGGGAGAGAUUGACAGAUGAAGAGGCAGAGCAGAUGAUUAAAGAGGCUGAUUUGGAUGGUGACGGUCACGUUAGCUAUGAAGAGUUCGCAAGGAUGAUGAUGCUGAAUUGAUUUCCUAAUCAAUUAGCUAGAGUAGUGAUAUAUGCAUCCACCUUGAUCAAUUAUAUAUAUAUAUAUAUAUAUACAUAUAUUUUCAAUGGGAGUAAGUCCCAUUAUAAACAUGAUGAGCCACAACAGAUGAUCCUCACUAGUCUUAACACAUGCUCUUCUAUUAACUUGGUUAUUUUUUCUUUUUAUUUUCUGAUCUCGUGUAUUAGUAAAUUAAAGACAAGUAUUUUUAGAGGGUAUGGGAGUGACUCCCAAAUCGGACCUGAGGCUCAAUGCCAAAACAUCUCACUUUCACUA